UAUUGUGUAUCUUCUGUUGCACGAUUGCAAAGGCAAUCAUUAUCAUCGUCGGAAUGUGCGCAGCUGGUUGGACCACGACAGCGAACUGGUCUCAUACUGAUGGGUAUCAUGACAGCGGCAAAGUACGUCGACACACGAGCCUACAACGUUUGGAAAACAUGGGCGAAACACGUCCCCGGCAAAGUGCGCACCUUUUACGCUCAUUUUGCUAAUUGA